AUGCCCAAGGUCUGCUCAAUCCCUCACUGUGGAGCCACUACACAAAAUGCUCGGGACAGAAGUUUUCACCAAUUUCCACAAGAUUCAAGUUUGAGAACUGCGUGGAUAAAACGGGUAGGAAGGGAAAAUUUUCAACCUAGCAGUAAUUCCUCCAUUUGCUCGCAUCAUUUUGGUGACGAACACUUCAGACAGCCAAACAACGAAACUCCUGCUCAAUUUAGAAAAGCUACUCUCAAACCAGGAAGUUUACCAACAUAUAAUUUGCUAGACUUUUCAGAAUCUUUCGCAUUGACUUCUAGCAGGUCUAAUAAUUUGCCUGAAGGUGAAGCCGGCAGAGACAUUGGUGCUAAGCCAAAGGCAAAGGCAAAGAAGAGAUUUCGUCGACGAAAACCCCCAAAGUCUGAUAGGUUCAAAGCAACUUCAACGAAGGUUUGUGUGAGGUUAUAUUAUGGUUUUAGUUUUAUAUGCUUUUACAUUUUCGAGAUUUAUAAACCGCAAAACAAGUCAUAUUCGUCAAUCGUCAAUUCGUGUGGGAUCUCUAUACAAUUCUCAAAAUAUAUCAACAAUAUCAUUACAUUAACAACUAGUCGUUUUAAAUCAAAAACCUUGUCAAAUAACAAAUUAGAUAGAAAAUAUUAAUAUCAAAAUAACAUAUUCUUCGUCUUUCAUCAAUUAAUCUGUUUUGAAAUUAUUUCUGUGUUUAAUUUUCACCGUGAAUCCGUGAUUGAAUAAUAAUGCUCCAGUUCAGUGCACAUGUUUAAAUAAACAAUAGAAUCUCAUUAUUACAGUAUUAGAAUCUCAUUAGAAUGUUAGGGUUUGUAAUCCAAGUGAGAACAUAUACAUUUUACCAGGAACGACUGCGAAAAAUGCAGCACAAGGUCCUCUGGUAGGAAUCGAACCUGCGAUUAGACUCUAGAAUUAAAAAUAAAGAGAAUAGAAUCUCAUUAUUUGACUUCCUUAUUCAUGCACGCAAGCGACGCAUCACGUGAUAUGUAGCGUGCAAUGUGCAUCAGCAGAAUAGAUAUACUGGCCAAUCUAAACUUGGGGUUUCUCAGUUUCUUUUGGAGUCGAUGUUCUACUUUAUACUGGCUGAAAUUAUAAAAUCUUGGAACAUUAACAAGAAUUAUAAUCCUUUGAGAUUUCGAGAGCGCUGCCUUUAUGCCAGGCGGUAAUUGCGUGUUGUAUGGCUGCUGUUCUAGUGGACGAUAUAAUGUUUCAUUAUUUAAAAUCCCCAGUCUACGUAAAGAUGAGAGCGAAUAUACUGCAGCAAUAAAGCUUAAAGCCAGACAAGAAUGGAUCAAUGUUAUAUUACAGAACAGAACACUAACACCUGAAUUGAAGGAACGCAUUGAGAAGAACAAAGUGUCUUUUUGUGAAUUACAUUUUAAACAUGACUGUAUUUUGGAAAGUAAGUUUGUCCUUUUUGUUAUGUUUCACUCGAUGUUUCAUAUUAUGUUUUAAUACAACAAUGACUUCUUUAGCUUUCUUUAGCCAAGUGCUCAGUCAUACUUGAAGUUCUUUGGUAGUCGUAUAUACUCACUAUUCUAAAGGGAUAUGAGGGACUAAAUCAGUAAAUGAAUUAAUCAGGGUACUGGGUAGAGGUCGGGUCAACAUAGGCAAACAGGGGAAAAACCGCCAGACCCUGACGAAAGUGCCCACAACCAAUACAAAUACUCCUUGCAACAAACCCAUACUCCUUGCAACAACAUUACAUGAUAAAUUGGGAUUUAACCAAAAUAUGCAAGUGGCAACAUACUUUUCGCCAUCUCUGUGAAUCAGAAAGUACCUUUCUGCAAUUGAUAACUUUUCAUAAGAAACUUGUAUUACCUAUUAAUGUUCAGGAGUCUUCUCUUGAUGAGUAAUUGCAUGUCUGUCUUUGAACAGAAUAAAAUAAUAAAUAAGAGUACAAUAUAAAGUGCUUUGCACAUUAAUGGUGUAUUUAAAGGUGUAUUUAAACACAGUCCAUAUAAACUGUGAUUUAAACAAAACAUACAGUAUGCAUGUCCCCAACCCUCCUGGAACAAUUAGUAAAUGGCAUUCCUUAAUUGUCUGAAUACUGUUUCUCAAAAAUAAUAACAUGUUGCUAAGUAUGACGAUAAACAAAUUACUAUGAUAUAUGUUGCUUGAAUGACCUUUAGAUCCUACAAGAAAAGGGCUUGUAACUGGCAGUGUUCCAACAGAGAACUUGCCCAUGUUUCGUGGCAGACCGAGGGAAUUGCAACUGUUCAAACCACCGGUGAGAAAUUAACCCAUUAAAGUCAGGUGCAAUUGGGUGCAUUGUAGCUUAUCAUUUUACUCUAUCUAAUUAGAAAUGCCUAAUGAUUUUACUCAUCAAGGAGAGUCUUGCAGUCUGAUUAACUCAUUGAGCUCAUGGAGCUGAAGCCCCCUCCCCCCCAAUAAUUUGUAAACUAGUGAUAAUCUGGCAAAGUUUGAGGCAGAAAUAAUGACCUAAUAAUGGUGGGCCUGACUAGUUAACACCCCUCCCCAAUGCAAAAUUGCUUCCUACGGUAGUGCAUUAGUUAAUUCAAACAUCUCUGUAAUAAGUACAUCACUUUGGCUAUAAUAGCUAAAGUGAUGUACUUUCCAGCAGGGUUUUUUUUAAUAUGAGACAUAAAAUUGUCUAGCCUGAAACAGCUGCAUAUUUCUGUCACCCACCCAAAAUAUGCAUAUUUCAGGUGGUUGACAGAAAUAUGUGGCUGUUUCAGGCUAAAAAUUGCCUGGCAAUAAACAAUUAAAAUAAUAGUUAGAGCAGGGCAUACAAUUGGGGUGCAUCUGCUAAUUAUUCUUUGUGACCAUUCUAUGCAAGUAUAUUUUUCAGUAAUUAUGAAUUUGUACCACCUUGGUUCAACUGAACUGGUGUGUGUGGAUAGUGAGGUUCACCUUGGAAUUACUGUGACAAGAAAGUUAUCUUGGAAUCAACACAUCAUUCAAAUUGUAUCCAAGGCAAAUAAAAUGCUGGGCUUAUUACGGAGAACGUGCCCCUUGUUAACAGAUUGCGUUGCUUGAAGGACAUUAUACUUAUCCUUAGUGAAAUCCCAACUGGGUUAUGCUACAGAAGUCUGGUCACCGUCUCAGUCCACCAACAAAACCUACCUAGAGAGGAUUAUUCAAAGGCGGCACACACGAUGGAUACUUCAAGUGAAGAUAGGAGAGGUCUCAUACAAAGAUCGUUUGUUGGCCCUUAA